GGGCGAGAGGCGGGGCCGGCGGGAGGUGGACACAUAUCCCAGGUGACCUUCGCGGCGAGAGCACGUGUGACGGUGUGAGGCAGUGUGCGUGUGGACGUGGACGUGUUCGUGAGCCCCUCCUCCUUGCCUAUAGGGACUUUCUUCCUUAGAACAUCACUCACACGAGCUUGGAAAUGAAGAUAACAUAGGGACAGCACGCGUGUGGACGUGGACGUGUUCGUGAGUCCCUCCUUAUUGAAACUUGCCCCUUAGUGACUCAGAUUUCCCUUGAACAUCACUACACACACGGGCUUGGAAAUGAAGAUAACAUAAGGACAGGACGCGUGUGGACGUGGACGUGUUUGUGUGUCCCUCCUUGAAACUUGCUCGCAGUUACUCAGUUUUACUUCGAGCAUCACUAGCACACACGAGCCUGGAAGUGAACAUAACAUCUCUGACAGCAAGGAGAGCACGUGUGUGUGUGUGUGGACGUGUUCGUGAGCUCCUCCUACUUCUUCACACUUAUCCGUAACGUAUUAAGUGAUCUGUUCGUGAAGUGACAGCGCCCUGCAACCGGUACUAGCUACAGCAAGGCAACGCGACCCUCAACAUCACACUCAUUGGAAGCCUCUGGACUCUCUACUAAGAAUUUUGAGUGGAUUACGUUAGAAGGCAAAGAAAGGUGGGAGAAAGAAAAAGAAGGAAAGAAUUUUGAGUGGAUUGCGUUAGAAGGCAAAGAAAGGUGAGAGGAAGAAAAGAAGGAAAGAAAGGAAAAUAAAAGAAAGAAAGGAAAACUAGUGAUAAUAUUGCCUGCGCCAUACCCUUAUCUUUUUGUGAAGUGGCGAUCACUGCGUACAUGAGUGUGUUUGUGUGUGUGUGUGCGUGCUGCGAUAUUCAAACGCGUUCUGCUGGCAUUUCCCGGGCAUGACCUAGCGGUGCACGGCCAUAGCCAGCAUGGGGAAGGCAUUCGCGUUAAUAUAUGUGUCCACGGUGACUCUGGCCCUAUGCUGUGAGGCCGUGAGUGCCAAAGCAGUGCCUCAGUUGCAUCGAUAUCGACAUGAACGAUCACACAGACGCUACCAGCACCUGCAGGACCUGGUAGACCGCCUUGACCUGCGCCAGAAGACAGACCACAUACUCAUUACAAACCUGCAGGAGGCGCUAAAGGAGGUGCAGGAGAGAGGAGCUGACUUCACGAGGGAAAAGGACAUGAAGAAGGCGCUGAAGAACGAAGGAGCGACACUUCACUUCGAGGAGAACAGGGAACGGGAGAGAGAUACUACCAUCGAAGCGAACGAACAAGAGCGGAGAGAUGAAAUUCUGCUACUUCGACAAGAGAUAGCCGCCCUUAGGUCGGAAGUCCGCGUCCUGAAGGCAGAGAGGGCAGUCGAGUCCCAACACAGGUCCGCGCACAGCCUUCAGCAGGAGCACCGCGAGGCCCUGACAGCAUCGUGGGUCGUGGAGAACGUUAGGAGGCUGCAAGAUGCUGUCGUGGAACUCCAGGAAGCGAUCAACGUGACAACAGCCCUCCACGAGAAGCAGGAGGUGGAGUCGCGUCUGCUGGUAGUUGGCAGAGACUUGAGCGCCCUCAGGAGCUCUCUCUCUUCCGUUACCUCGAAGGCGGAAGCUGCCAUGGCCACGGUGGAGACAGUGAGGGAGGAGCUGGUGCGUACGGCGAAGGACUCCAACCACGCCAGCGGGAAAGUGGACGAACUGGGGCUAGAAUUAUCGUGGAUGAGAGAGGAAUUCAAUGGCCUGCUGUCAGCGCUGCCCGACGGCCUAACAGUGAGAGGUCUGAAUACUACUACCAAGAACUCGAUUAUAAGCAGCAAUGAGGCCGCUGCGGACGAGAAGGGGAGCACACCAAGGGACAGUGGACCUUCUGCUCUCCUACAGAAGGUCAAGAAUGCAAUGCAGCCACUAAGAGACGAUUUGGACUCUUCUGUCACCGCAUUAGAACAUAUUAGGACAGCCCCGCAAGCGCCGAGUCCCCCAAAGGAAGGCGUACAGCUGGAAGAGAGGGUGAAGGCGACAGAAUCUGGACUCGGGGAAGUCAGGGCAUCCUCCAUACAGCUCCUGGAGGCACUGGAGACCCUGGAGACACAAGUGGAGAGAGGCGUCGCUGAGGUCAGACAGGAGGUGGCCAAGCUGGAGUACAAAGUGACGGCUCUGCAAGACUGUGCCAAUGAUUCAGAAGUGCCAAGCAACAGAGCAGCAAUUAAGGCUCUUUUAAACCAUAUGGAUCAAAUUGAAAAUAGACUAAGUGCCAUUCAAGAUAUCGGGAAGAUGACUAAAGUGCCUAGUUUUCACAGGAAAUCAGAUUUCAUACACUUACAAGCCUGAUAAACGAGUUGGCACUUUUAGUCAUCAUUAGGAACGGUAGCCUAGCCUUUCUUAAGCUUGAGGAGACACUGAAAACUCGAUGGUCUAGAACGAGGGAUUAAGGUCGAGUUCAAUAGUGGGUCCCCGCGUACUAAGGCAGCAUCAAACGGUUUUCACGUGACCCUGGAGGUGGGGCAGAGGAGUGACCUAAUAGGUAAACACAGCUGCCGCCCCCAGGUAGGAUGGCGGACCACCACAUCAAGGCCACCCAAUCAGGCUUGCAGGCGACCCCUUACGAGAGGCAGACGCAAUCCUAGCCGGACCAGGAAGAUGGUAGGACACAGCAGGAGGUGCAGAGGAGGGAUCAUAUGGAGGUGAUAGUAUCCCAAUAUUAUGUUCGGCUGUUUUCAUUUGGGUCAUUGAGUUAAACAUUCCAUUGUUGGUGAAGGCGGGCGUCAUAAACGGUCUGGAAGUACUUACUGUGAUUCCAACAUUGACAGAGGAAGGGGAAAUAGGGAUCCUUCCCCCGUCUUAUCGCCCACCCCCUCCCAAGCCGUAGUGCGACCCCUCCCCCCAAGACAUAUAGUGCGGUGAAGCUGCCUAUUGAAACCCCUAAAGGAGAGUCAGUUAAGAAGAAGGAGGAGGAGGAGGAAGGCAUAGUAAGAACAUGUUUUGGUCAUAGCUUGCUAGUCAAAAGAAAACAAAGAAAUUAUAAAUAUUUUGCAGUGCAUGUGUGUGUGUGUCUGUGUGUGUGUGUGUGUGUGUGUGUGUGUAUAAAGGAAAGACAGGAAAAAAUGGGAAUUGUAAAAGAGACAGAAGUAAAGAAUGAAGGGAAGAAAUGAACAAAAAGAAAGAAGGAAAGAAAAAAAGUGACAUUUUAAUAGAAAAGGGAAGGAAUAAUUAACACACACACACACACACACACACAUUAUAACAUGUAUGUGUUUGUUUGCAUGUGUGUGUGUGUGUGUGUGUGUGUGUGUGUACAUAAUGUAUAGCAGAGUUCAAGCAGCUUCCUGUAUAUAUUUUUUUUUGUGUUAAAUAAAAGCUAUUUUCAAAAGU